CAUCCCGCACACCGCUGCCUUGCGCCCAGCCCUGCGGCUCCUGUCCCGGGCGUCCUGGCCCCAGGGCGGCUCGGCAGCGUUCCGGACGGCUGCGCUGCGCUGCACGGGCGGUGGGGACCGAACACGCAUCCCCAAGCGGGACUGCCUCUUGCGCCCAGCCCCGCUGCACCCAUCCUGGGGAGCUGCCCUGCGUCGGGAGGGUGGCCAGCACCCAUCCCAGUGGAAGUGGGCUGCGUCCCGCUCAUCUCCGGGGUGCGCAGCUCGCCCGGCGUGCGGAGGCUGCAGCGCCCAGCCCCGCUGUGCCCGGCGUGCGGCGGCGGCCCGGGGCUGCCGCUUCUUCCCAGCGCCGCCGACCGGCUCCUGGCUCCCGCCUCGUUUUAUGGUCGUGGAGAGGGAGGACAAAUCCCAAACCAGCUGCGUAAAUGAGUAUGGAAGAUUAUGAUUUCCUCUUCAAAAUUGUUUUAAUCGGCAACGCCGGGGUGGGGAAGACCUGCUUAGUCCGUCGCUUCACUCAGGGGCUUUUCCCACCAGGGCAAGGAGCCACGAUUGGGGUUGACUUUAUGAUUAAAACUGUGGAGAUAAACGGUGAAAAAGUAAAGCUGCAGAUCUGGGACACGGCAGGCCAGGAGCGGUUCCGGUCCAUCACGCAGAGCUACUACCGCAGCGCCAACGCGCUGAUCCUGACCUAUGACAUCACCUGCGAGGAGUCCUUCCGCUGCCUGCCCGAGUGGCUGCGCGAGAUCGAGCAGUACGCCAGCAACAAGGUCAUCACCGUGCUCGUGGGUAAUAAGAUUGAUUUAGCUGAUAAGAGGGAAGUCUCCCAGCAAAGAGCUGCAGAGUUUUCUGAAGCACAGGACAUGUACUAUCUGGAAACGUCAGCGAAAGAAUCGGAUAAUGUAGAGAAACUCUUCCUGGACUUGGCCUGCCGGCUGAUCAGCGAGGCACGACAGAACACCCUUGUGAACAAUGUCUCAUCCCCCUUACCAGGAGAGGGGAAAAGUAUCAGCUACUUGACUUGCUGUAAUUUUAAUUAAAAAGAGCUGGCAUGUGAUUGCCCCUUCUGCCAUGGGCCAAGUGGAUUUUUUUUUUCCUAUGCUGGGAUUUAUCUACUUGAAGGAGUUCCUGCCAAUCAGACCCAUCUGGCUUACUCAGAGUCAGGUUACAGUCCUGGAAGCAUGGCAGGCUGAUGGUUCCAGCUGCAUGGCAAUGUAGCAGAAUACAACAGGGUUUAAAUUUCAUUUUUCUUGCAGUCUGUGGAGCAGAUCAGAAAAGGAAGAGUUGCACAAGUGCUUCAUGUAAUGCAGAACAUGAGCUGCUUUGUUUCCUUCUGUGCGAGAGUAGACCAGCCUUUCUUGAAGAUACUGAAGAGAUCAAAAUCUCUCUUACAGAAUAAUGUGUUUGACCCUUUUUAAAGUAAAACAAAGUAAGAAGAAACGCAACAAUGAACACUGACUUUGGACUACCCUGGCAAUCUUCUGGGCUGUCAGUGAGCGAGCUCAUAGGAUGUGUACAUAACGUCUGCCCCUGUGUCUUCAUGGAGGACUCUGGUGUUUGAAAUAGUGUUAUGUGUCUCAUCUACAGGCACUUUCAUGAACGUGGAAUAAACAAAAAAGUUACAUAUAGCAGCAUUUUCAAGAGAAGAAGACAUGGAUACGGCUCAGUCGCUCCCUUUGGUGCUAGCAGUUCAGCAAAUAUUCCAUAGGCCAAAUGUAGUCUUACCACAUUAUUGUCUUCUGAAUGUGUAACUUAGACUGGUUAGGAAAAAACACUAAUAAGCACUGUUCAUAAAAAAAAAUAAAAAAAAAAAAAUCUCAUUACCUCUUUUUCUAGGCCUGAACAUAGUGGGAAAGGACUGUGUGCUUCUUUGAUAUCCAACACAGGAUGAAAAGACUUUCCAGAAAUAAAAAUAAAUAAAUAAAUUAACCAUUCCUCCUCUAA